CCCGGGGGCGGGGGGUGCCCGGCGGCGGCUCCGGCAGCGGAGCGGUCCCAGCGGGCGGCGGAGGCAGCACCGACCGCCCCCGGCCCGGCCAUGGCCGAGCCCGGAGCCCCCGCGGCCGGUGACAAAGCGACUCGGCUCCAGGACCGUGUCCUGGGUGGGCUGCGCUGGGGCCGCCUGCAGGAGCCGCUGGGCUUCAUCAAGGUGCUCGAGUGGCUCUUUGCCAUCUUCGCCUUCGGCUCCUGCGGCUCCUUCAGCGGCGAGACGGGGGCCACGGUGCGCUGUGAGAGCGGGGCCAUGACGGCCAUCUCCGUCCAGUUCGGCUACCCCUUCAGGUUGUACCAGAUUCCCUUCGGGAUGCCGGACUGCCAGGACGAGUCCGAGGCCCGCACCCUGUACCUGGUGGGCGACUUCUCGGCCCCCGCCGAGUUCUUCGUGACCCUGGGGGUCUUCUGCUUCCUCUACUCCAUGGCAGCCCUGGGGAUCUACCUCCGCUUCCAUUCCCUCUACUCCCAGAACACCAAGCUCCCCUUCGGGGAUUUCUGUGUCACCGUGUGCUUCGCCUUCUUCUGGCUGGUGGCAGCAGCGGCCUGGGGGAAGGGGCUGAGCGACGUGAAGGCAGCCACGCGCCCCGGGGCCCUGCUGGGCGCCAUGGCCGUGUGCCAGGACGAGGGCGUGCGCUGCAGCCCCGGCACCACGCCCGCCAUGGGGCUGGCCAACAUCUCCGUGCUUUUCGGGUUCCUGAAUUUCCUGCUCUGGGCCGGGAAUUGCUGGUUCGUGCUGCGGGAGACACCGUGGCUGCGGCCCCCCCCGGCGCGGGACAGCGAUGCCGAGCAGGGCGCCAUCGACAAGCAGUGACCCCCCCGGGACCCCCCGGGCCCCCCCCGGCCCCGGGUCCUCGCGCCGGCCGCCAGCCUGGGGAGGGGGCGUCGCUGGGUUGGAGCCGCGGGGGGGGGGUCGGAUGCUCCAGAAGGGGGGGCCGGGCAAUGCCGGGGGUCCCGCUCGGGGUCGGGGGGUCUGUGUGUCACCCGGGGGGGGUCCGCGGCUGUGCGGGGGCGCAUAAAGUCCUGGGUACCAGCUC